AUAAAAGGAGAAUUUAAUUUGUACAGCUCAAGUUAGGCCAUAUCUUUCCACCUUUCCCAGUCAAUGCUAUCCAACUACCAUCAUUAUUCUAUAUACUUGCAAACACCCUAAUGCAAGUUCAUCACUUUUGAACACAUUAACUCAUUAAAAACCCUUCUCAUAUUUCUUCCUACAAUACCACCAUCACUUCACCACCAUUGUUUUCUAAUCAUGGUUAAAUCAAACACCACCAUUAUGAUUGUUGGCAUCUUGGUGGCACUGAUUUUCACUGGGCUUCCAUGUUUGGAAGCCCAAUCUCCAAUGGGAGCACCGGUGAUGUCACCAGGCUCACCAAAUGUGAUGGCACCUAGCUCGCCAACGGUGAUGUCACCGAGCUCACCAACUGCGAUGGCACCCGGUCCAGAUUGUCUUACGGCACUGGCUAAUGUUUCUGAUUGCUUGGGUUUUGUUCAGGUUGGAAGCAACCUGACUGUUCCGGACAAAAAUUGUUGUCCGGAAUUUGCAGGGUUGCUAGAGAGCAACCCUAUUUGCUUGUGUACCAUGAUUGAUCAAGCUGAAGCCUAUUCAAUAGAUCUAAGUAGGGCGCUCAUGCUUCCUGAUGUUUGUAAGGUGUCAGUUCCUUCUCUUGACUCUUGCCCAGCUACUCCGGCAUCAGCUCCCGCACCUGGCACUGCAAGUGAAAUAGCACCUCCCACCGCAAGCGAAUUAGCACCUGGAGCAACAACAGCCGGUCCAGGGCCCGCUGGCGGAGAAGCCUUGAGCCCUACUGAGUCUAGUGGUAGCAAUGGAACUUCGGGCACGACAGUUCACGAUCUUUCGACCAUCAUUUGCUUGGCGGUUGCUAUCUUCGUAGCAUACUACAUUUAGUUUAUUUUUUUUUAAUUUACUAUAUGCAUCUUAUUCUCCACAUUUAUCGCCACAUUUAUCGUAUUUUGUUAUAUUUAUAAGUUACAUUAUUCACACAUUGGAUGUUUGAUGUAGUUAAUAAUAUCUAGUGAGUUGAAUCUGUUUUAUUUUAA